CAUUCCCUGAAGCGGUAAGUUGACCGCGCUAAAUCCGCUCUUUCCUCAGGCUAGGGUUUCGAUCAGAAGGACAGGGUUUUAAACUUCUUCCCCUUUUGCCUCUUCGAUCUCCGCCGCUGCUUCGGUCUAGUGUUCCUCCCUCCGGCCGCUGCCAUGGUCAUGGAGGCACCCCUCUCCGGCACGGCCAUCGCGAAGCGCCUUGCAUCGUGCAACAAGUCCACCCGCGACCGGGCCGUCCGCGCUCUCACCAGUUGGCUCCCCCAGCAGCUCGACGCCGCCGUCUCCGACGGUGACCUCCUCAAGAUCUGGAAGGGCCUCUUCUACUGCGUCUGGCACUCCGACAAGCUCCCCGUCCAGAUCGACCUCACCAACCGCCUCGCCUAUCUCCUCGAGGCCCUUGCCGCACCCCUCGCCGCCCGCUACUUCGAGGCCUUCAUCCUCACCGUCCGCCGCGAGUGGGCCGGCAUCGACUUUCUCCGCCUCGAUAAGUUCUACCUCUUGAUCCGGCGGUUCCUCCGCCACCUCUUCCUUCUCCUCAGGAAGAACGCUUGGGAUCUCGAUCUUUCCGCCCGCCUGAUAGGGAUUCUGUCGGAAAAAUCGCUUCUUGCUGCCGAUAAAUACCCGGCCCAGGGCGUCAGCUACCACUUCGCCGAGAUCUUCUUGGAUGAGAUUAAGGAGUUCCUCCCGCUCGCGGUGGAAACCCUAGACGUGCUGCUGAAGCCCUUCCUCUCUGUGCUGGAGAAGUCUACUGAUAAGGUCUUGGCGAACAAGAUCAAGGUGAAUGUUUUCGAGCGCUUGCUCCAGAACGGUGUGAAGCUAUUGGAUGUUGAGAAGGCUGGAAAUCAAGUGGAGUCUGGCAGUGACGCCGAGAAAUUUGGAAAAAUUCCUUUGGUGUUGAGCUUUUCGAAGAGGUUCUUCGACUCUGCUUCGGCUUCUGAGACACUUCAGGGCAAUAGGAAAGUCCUGUUUGGUUUGCAUGAAGGUUUUCUCAAAUUGGAGAAGGAUUUAGAGAAAUCCGGAGUUCAUAUCUCAGUCCAGCAUCUGGCAAAUGGGAAUUCAGUGAAGGUGCCCGAGCCCAUGUUCUCAGAUAACUCUGAACAAGUUGACGUGGACAUGGGAAAUGGUGAUGGGGCUUCAGACGAUCAGCCACUCAAGAAGAAGAAAAAAAAGGAGAAGAAGAAAACAAAGAAAGCAUUGGAUGGUACUCAGAAAAAGAAUAAGUCCAAAAAGAAGAAGUCUUUGGAUUCAACUACAGAAAUUAAUGAUGCCAAACCAUUGAGUGAGCUUAAUGAUCUUGCUAAUGGUGGGAAUAUUAAUGGGGAUGCUGCAGAAACGCAUGACUUGAUUAAUUUUGAUGAAUGUGUAAUCUCAAAUCUUCAGAAGCAGUUCGAGAAAGCUGCUGCUGAAGCUGGCUUGGCAAAUGAUGGCGAAAGAUUGAAUGCUCUGCCAGCAAAACUGGUUACUGAUACUGUGCCUAAGAAGAGAAAAAGAGCAAAGAGUGCAGAGGGGAAGGCCACUGUUAGUGGAACUGAUGUUAAUGGAGACAGCAUAGCUGGAAAGAGCGGAGAGAAGAGUGCAAAGAAGGUUCGGUUUUCAAUGAAGAGCAACUUGGUGUGGAAGCCUCACAGUCCUUUGCCUCCCCAGAGUUUGAGAUUGCCACCAUCUGCUACCCCGAGAGGUAGUGCACUGAAGAAAGGUAUUCCUCCUGGCCCUAUUAAAGAGACCCCUCCCACAGUUAAAAAGAUCAAGGUGAAGGCCAACUCCGUCAAGAAGGGCAGGAAGAUCUCCACUGUUUCUUCAGCUGUCAAGCACCUCCGGAAGCUACAAAGGCUUUCUGCAUAGAUCAGUGUUAUCAUUACGGACCUCAGUUAUCCACUUGUGCUGCUCAAGCUUUAGAGAAGUUGGAGACAUCAUUAGCAACGAUGAUUGCAAUAAUGUUCAUGACAAUCUAGACUGUGUAUAAUGAAGUCAUGUUUUUUCAGCCUGAGGAGCAAAUGAUAAUUAUGUUGGAAUUUUUGGAAUCCUUGCUAUUUCUGAAUAUGUGGCUGAGGGCAGAUCAUUGUGAAUGUAGGCUAUAAUGAAGGGGAACAUACUGAAGCCGCUGAGGGAGCAGGGGAACUUAUCAUUUAUAUUUCUUCCUGGAGACAGGGUGAAGAUUAUUUGAGAAUUUGAAUUUGCUUGUUUAAUUAAUCAAUUGUGCGAAUCUAGUUUAGAGUUUAUGAAUGUUGUUCUACAAUUGCAACACAUGCCAAUUGUCACCCUCUUCCAAGUUCUGUUCUUCAGUAUAUUAGUUUUUUUCCUUUGAGCUGCACAGAGAGAGAGAGAGAGAGAGAGAGAGAGAGACCUUUCUUCACUUCUAAGAGGGAAACAUAUCUAGAGUGAAAAUAACUAUCUUCUUUCGGAACUUAAGUAACUUGUCACUUGUGCUCAAAUGCUUCCAUUAUUUCAAUAUAUAAUUACAAUUAUGUAACUGCAAUUAGAUGCA